AACCCCUGUUUUAAAAAUGACAAGGCUGAGGUCUAGAGGGUUAUUCGUCACAUAGUUAGAUGGCUAUGAAACUGGAACUUAGAGGUUAGGUUUUCUGAUGCCUGUUAAUUGAAUUUUCCAAUAAUGGUUUUCAAGAGACUGAAUUCCCACCCUUACUGCCUAACAAUGUGGCCUUUUUGGAUCAAGUCCCCAUGAGCUAUCAUGCCUUGUCAUUCACUUAAUUCACUCUACCUCUGUUGCAAUAUAGUCUUUUUUACAUUCCCCAUUUCUAUAGUGAAUAAGCUUCCCCAGAGACAGCAGGAAUUACGUAGGUUUUUGGCUCUGUGUAUAUGUGAGUUAAUCUUGAAUCAACUGAAGUUUUAUUUUCCUAUAUGUGUAGUGCUGCCAACCUAUUUUUACAAUUUAUAUUGUGAAAUAGUGUGAGAAGCCUGCCCCCAAGAAUUCUUAGAUAUCGGGGUUUUGCGGCCUCCAGGUGGUGGAUCCAAUUUUUCCUUAGGUUUUGAUGAACCAACAGAACAACCUGUGAGGCGGAAUAAAAUGGCCUCUAGCAUCUUUGGGACACCUGAGGAAAAUCCCCCUUCCUGGGCCAAGUCGGCAGGUGCCAAGUCUUGUGGUGGCCGGGAAGAUUCUGAGUCAUCUGGACCCCAGAGAAGUAACUCUUCUGAAGCAAACCCUGGAGACUUCUUAGAUCUGAAGGGAGAAGGUGAUGUUCAUGAAAACGUAGACACAGACUUGCAGGCCAGCCUGGGGCAGAGCGAGGAGAAGCCUGUGCCCGCUGCCCCUGUGCCCAGCCCAGUGGCACCGGCGCCCGUGCCAUCCCGGAGAAACCCCCCUGGUGGCAAGUCCAGCCUCGUCCUGGGUUAGCUCCGUCUGCCCUGAACUCUGUCGUUUCGUUUCUUUGUUUUCUCCAUGCUUGUGAACUGCACAACUUGAGCCUGACUGUACAUGUUUUGGAUUUGUUUCAUUAAAAAAGAAGCACUUUA